AUGUUAGUGACCAAGAAUGCCGCAGAACUCUGCGUUCUGCUCAUCUGCGAGCUGUAUGGACAGCUGCCAUCCCGCAUCUUCGAGGUCCUCCUGUCGAAAGGCCGAGCGAACAUCGCCCGCCUGGCGCGAGAUACGUCUAUGAACCAGCGCCUGAUCCGCCAUGGCCUCGUCGUCUUGAUCCAGCAGAACCUCAUCUUUCACCAGACCGAUCUCGACACCGGCGUCAGUGUCUACGAAGCGAACGCUGAUGCCGCCUACAAUAUCGUGCGAACGGGCAAGAUCCUCGAUGUCGUCCAUCGCAAUUACGGCGAUGAGGCAAAAUUACUAGUCCAUCAUGUCAUUCUGAAUGGCUACAUGACCAUGUCAGAUCUUAUGCAACGCAGACCUCAAGCUGCGACGAAUGGGGUGCCCAAGACCAAUGGCCAUGUGAACGGGGCUUCCUCCCCCACGUCGGCCAAGUUGGAGGAUGAGGGCGACCAAACACAGCAGACCUUCGACCUGAUUGCGCACCUCAUCGCUGUUGGCAUACUGGAGCCCAUGAGUAUGACCAUGCUUCAGACUCCCGACGACGUGCGAGCCGAGAUAGACCGCGAUAUCAUGAAGGAUUACCCCACCGGUCUACGUGGUACGAAGCAGAAAAACGAGUUUAACCAGAGAUCAGUGGCUGGUUGGAAGAGCUACCUGGAUGAGAGCAAGUACCUGAAGCGCAACCUGGAGCGUGAUUACCUCAACUUCUCGGGCGCGAAACGCCGCAAGCUCGCCAAUGGUUCAAGAGCAAACGGCUUUUCGGCCAUCAAUCGGGAUGAAUUGAUCGAGCCGCACACCGUCCUUCGCGUCAACUACCAAAAGUGCCUGGUCGAACUUCGGAACCACAGGCUCGUCCAUUACGCCGAAGAUGCCUUCAGCCCCGUCACUGCCCAGGUAUACGGCGCCAUGCUGUCUGCUUUGGGCAAAAAGAUAGCACAAUGCCAACUGGACACAGAAGCUGACGAUGAUGCUUUGGCCAAGGCUCCCACGGUCACGACCUUGGAUAUAUAUGAGCAUCUCAGGCCGUCUGUGGAUGUCUUCACUGGCAUUGGAAGAACCGACCCGGAUUCCAUCAACGUGAACAGCGCUGAAAGAAUACAAGUUGACCCUCCUGGCUAUGAGGUCGGAGGGGAAGAGAAUAAUGGUCAUAUGUCUGAGGACGAGGCUCAGACGCAGGUAGAUGUAUCCAUGUCCAACGGCUUCGGCGAGGACAGGUUCCCUGGAGAGGACGAUAGCAACGCCAAUCAUGGCCAGAACGGCACAAGAGAGACCAAGGUCAAGUUCGCGGACAGGGGGCCAUCGAGAGCCGAGAGAAUAGCCCAGAUGCGUCAACACUUAUUGGUGUUGGCCGAAAGCACUCAGCAAUUCCUGAGGCACACAGGCACACGCGACCAAGGAGAAUGGACAGUGGACUUCGAGUUGCUGAUGCCGAAGCUCCAACUCAUCGAGAUCGAUACAUUGAUCGAAGAAGCAUUUGGCCGGCCGGGUUUGCGCCUCGUCAAAAUACUUCGAGCCAAGGGCAAGCUCGAUGACAGAACCUUGCCCAGCCUCGCACUGAUGAAGAAACAAGACGUAUAUACCAAGAUGACCGAGAUGGAGUUGCAGGGCUUCUUGGACGUUCAAGAAGUGCCACGAGACACCAACCGGACUGCCAGCCGCACGUUAUUUUUGUGGUUCUUUGACCAGACAAGGACUUUGACCAGAGUCCUCGAUGACACCUACAAGGCAAUGGCGCGGCAUCUUCAGCGGCUCGAGGUCGAGCGACGCAAGAAGAAGAACGUCCUCUCGGUUGUGGAACGCAAGGACGUGCAGGGCAUGGAGGAGGAGAAGCUCAGAGGCGACAUCUAUAAUGAGUAUCGCGAGUUCCUUGACAUCGAGAGUAAACUUCUCGGUCAGGUUGGUAGACUGGACGACCUCGUGGGUGUUCUGCGAGAUUUCUGA